CGGAUGGAGCUAUUGAAUACGGCAAUGGUUUCAUGUGCUUGACGCCCGUAAUACUGCCAGCGAGCGUUUCAGAAAUUGUUCUUAUCGAAAAUGGUACACUCCAAGUGAAAAAUAAGUAUUUCUCACCGAAAAUUUAUUGUACCGAUCGAGUUGUACAAAACAACACAAAGGAGUUUUACGUCUAUAUAUUUUGUAGUUUAAAGAAGUGUUGCCCAAAUAACAAAGAAGUACAUUGGAAUACUCGUACAAGAAAUUUGUCUUGCAUUAAUCAGGUCGAUGAACGUCAGAAAUGGACACCGAAAGUUUAUGACCAACGCUUUCGUUUGCUCAACAGAUCUGAGUUUCCUUUGCAGUUAUUUACUGGCGGUGUAAUGAGUUGUGGUAGAGUGAACUACAGAUAUUUAGUGGAUAACAAAAACUCAUUUAAUAUCCAAUUGAAUGGUUCUGUUCAUGUUGGUGAUCCUUUUAACGUGGAUUUUCAAUUCGGCAAUUUCUGUGUAGACAGAACUUAUGUUAGAGAGGAACUACACACCGCCAUUGUUGUUUGCGCUCCAACUCCUGCAAAAAUGACAUUCUGGAAUGUAAUUUGUGUAACUGUGACCUUAACAAUUUGUAUCUGCGUGAUGCUGUUUCCAUUUAUUGUACCAAAACUGUACACCGCUACAAUGAAACUGAUCAUGUGUCACAUGACAUGUGAGGUGUUAAUUUAUGUAUUUCGCACCAUUGCUUUUGCUUGGGGCGACUUACCUAUGCCUCUAUGUAAAACAUACGGUUUAAAAACGGCUCUUCUGUACUACUACGGAGUGGUUAUCCUGCUUGUUCUUAUCAAUAUUGGGCUGUUUAUGGUUACAUCAAUUUCAAUAUAUCGCACCAAGCAGGAAGUUUUGGAUAUCAUCUCGGCAAUGGAUAAUUUUCAAAGCGACAUUCAAAUUGCAAAUCGAGAGGAUCAACGAAGUUUGGUGAUGUACUUGAAGAUUUUCUGUCUAAUGGGUUUGACAUACGUGACUGAAAUCAUCGCUUGGUAUGACGGAUCUACUUUCACCAGUAUCCUCAUGGAUGUCAACUCAAUGCUGUUGAGCAUUUUUGUAUUUUUGCUGUUUUGUUGCAAACCGCAGGUGAUGCGCAAUCGUUUGGAAGAGCUGAAGCAGAGUUGGCAUUCCUGCUGUGCAGCGCGCUAGAUGG